AGUGUUUCCCGCUGGCAUUCUGCAGCCACCGUUCUACUCGGCAUCCUAUCCGCUCUCAAUGAACUAUGGAGGUAUUGGCGCUGUCAUCGGACACGAGGUAUCCCAUGGCUUUGAUGACGAGGGCAGCCAAUACGAUGGCACUGGAAAUCUGGAAAAUUGGUGGCAGAACGAGACCGAGACUAGCUUCAACGAGCUCACGCAGUGUUUCGUGAAUCAGUACUCUGAAUACACUGUGCUCGGGAAGGAUGGCAAGGAGCUAUUUGUGAACGGCAACCUGACACUGGGUGAGAACAUGGCGGACAAUGGAGGCCUGUCCAGUGUUGUGCAGGCAUAUGACCACUAUGUCGACAGGAAUGGCGAAGAGCCUGCUAUGCCCGGAACGGAUCUGACCCACAAGCAACUACUCUUUGUCAACUUCGCCCGAGUCUGGUGCGGUAAAGGGAGGCCUGAGGCCAACGAGCAACAGGUUUUAAGGGAUCCGCACAGUCCACCACAGCAUCGUGUGCUGGGUACAUUAGCAAAUAUGAAAGAGUUUGCCGAAGCUUUCAACUGUCCCGUGGGGUCUCGCAUGAACCCAGACAGACAACGGUGUAAGUCUGUUCAGGCGAGAGCACGAUCGCACACAGAGGCACCUCUCAUAGCCACAUGUUCCGAACAUCAUGGACCCCCAUAUAUCUGUGCUUUCACGGGGAGUAGGAGCUCGCAGACCCGUGUGGUCGAGACGCUGAAGGAGUGGGUCACAGGGUGUGACUGUGAUCCCUGGACAAGCGAAGAUGUAGAGCCCAGUCAGAGAGAUCUCCGUGAGAAGGGAAGGCAGACUGCCGUGGUUGAGCAAGCCCAUUGUCAUCUGUAUAUCACACUACAGCAUCGCUGGCGAGUGGAGGGCUAUAUCUGCGAACACCAUGAACCGCAAGUAGUCAAGGUGAUUUCUAGCACAUACGCAAAUGGCCUACAUGCGUAA